CUUUUCUUGUGUGGCAUCUCACAAGUUUUCUCUCUGCUCUUACCCUUUUACCUAUCCCCCAUUCGUAAAUCCUGUCAUUCCCGAGCUCUGGCUUUGGAGGAUAGUCUAGUACCCAGUCCUUAUCAAUAUUGCCUGUGAAGACAGCAACGCCCGGUUGUUUUCUACCUGGAAUGUGAAAGUCGCGAUUCAGUCGACGUUUCCUUGUUUUAUGCAGAAAAAUGAGGCUUUAUUCAAGGAACCCCUUCAUUAUCACAGUCUCCAGUGAUUCAUAAUGAUAUCACACAUUACAGAUUUUCUUUUCUUGUGGAUAUUAAUCGUCCUUGCUUUGCUUUUCCACAUAUUUUACGAUGUAUGGCGGUACUUUUCUGCUCGCAACUCACGGAAAAAAUGGUGGAAAACAAACGUUAUUUUCCACAUUUAUCCAAGAUCCUUCAACGAUACGAGCGGUGACGGCAAUGGAGAUUUACGAGGUAUUAUAAACAAGCUUGAAUACUUCGAGACACUAGGGGUAAAGGUUUUGUAUUUGAGUCCAAUAUUCAACUCUCCCAUGGCAGAUAAUGGUUAUGACAUUUCUGAUUUCAAAGACAUCAACCCGAUGUUUGGUAACAUGGCAGACUUUGACAUUCUUCUUUAUGCCAUCCAUGAACGAGGAUUAAAGCUUUUGCUUGACUUUGUACCAAAUCACACUAGCGACCAACACCCUUGGUUUAUCGAGAGCCGGCAAAGUCAAACCAAUGUAAAAAGAAAUUGGUACAUUUGGAAGGACGCAGGCGAAGAUGGAGGUCCUCCUAAUAACUGGGUUAGUGUCUUUGGGGGCAGUGCGUGGACAUACGACCCAACAACAAAGCAAUAUUACCUCCAUCAGUUCUAUAAAGAGCAACCUGAUCUCAACUUUAGGAAUCCUGAGGUUGUUGAAGCCAUGAAGGAUGUACUGAGGUUUUGGUUAGACAAAGGUGUGGAUGGGUUCCGUGUCGAUGCUGUACCCCAUUUGUUUGAAGACGAGAACUUCUUAGAUGAGCCGACGCUGCCUAGUUAUGAUCCUAAGAAUUUAAAGUAUGAGGAUUUGCGUCAUGAUUAUACUUACGAUUUAGAUGAAGUGCAUGGUAUCAUUAGAGGAUGGAGAGAAGUAUGUGACGAGUAUACCGACUCAUACAAGCUUCUGAUUGGUGAAGUGAUGUCAGAUGCUAAUAUCUGCAUGAAGUAUUAUGGCAAAGGAAAGAGUGAGUUUGAUUUUCCAUUCAAUUUUACUCUUUUGGGAUUGGAAAAAGAUUUCACUGCUGAAGAUGUCAAUAAACAGGUCAUGGACUAUCUUCAUCAAGUGCCGAGAGGAGAGUGGCCCAACUGGUUGCUAGGCAACCAUGAUGUUCCUAGAAUUGGCAGCAAAGUUGGAGAAGAAUAUUUGGUGGCAUUGAAUGUUUUAAUUCUUAGUUUACCUGGCACUCCCAUAUUGUACUAUGGUGACGAGCUUGGAAUGGUUGAUGCUGAUAUAGAUAAAGCAAGGUUACAAGACUUCAGAGACCCAAGCAGAACUCCAAUGAGGUGGACGGCAUCCAAAAAUGCUGGCUUUACACCUGGAAAACACCCAUGGUUGCCAAUUGGACAAGAUCUUGAUGACAAAAACGUGCAGCUCCAGCAAUAUCAAACCACGUCAGUUUUUAAUAUUUGUAAAACAAUGAUACAUCUCCGUAACACAACCCCUGCAUUCCAUGGCUUGAAGUUUCAGGUCGUUCAUGUUGAUCAGUCAGUCUUUGCAUAUACAAGGUUUGACAGAAGGGUGACAUACCUCAUCAUUCUGAACUUUGGGAAAGGACUAUGGUCUGGGGCUCUAGAUAACAUUAAAGGACUGGCUACAGUUUUGAUUGACAGCACAACCAUUAAAGAAAAGGGUACAAGGAUAAAUGUGAAACAGAUGAUGCUGCACAAAGGGCAAGCAAUAGUUGCUAAGAUGGAUUAAUAAGCAAUAAGCUUUACCGCACAAGUGUUGAAGCUGGAUUGAUAACAUUGACAUCAAAUGAUGGAAAAUAGCAAUAUAAGUUAACAACCUUGCUGUUAUUGGCAUGGAGCAAAGUUACAAUUGAAGUAACACAUGAAUUAUCAGCAAAAAUUAGGUAACAGAUGAUCAUAAUAAAUAAGGAACUGUAGCCACUUCAAGGAGUAUCCAGCAACUUUGCUAUUUUCAAGGAUUUUUCAAGUGCACUAAAGAUGAGUUUUGAAUUCCAGGGCUUUUCAAGGAUUUCAAUGAGUAGCACAAACCCUGAAUAUAGAUCUUAUUAUUUUAAAUAAACAUAAUUAUAGACGAAGAACUAAUGUAUCAAAAGUCAGUUCGCAUACACUUUUUAUUGAUGAUACUCAAAAUAGUGUGCUUGCUAGCUUUCAUUUAUAGAGCAUAUUACGUGACAUCUCAGCAUCCUUGUUGGUGUAUGAAAACAAUAUGUUUUCUAUCCUUGGGGAAUUGAACUCUAUUUUUAUGCAAAAAAUAUGCAGAAAGUUAAGACUAUUGCUUGGUACACCAAUAUGGCUGCCUUGUCACCAGUUGGUGUACAAAAACAAUGUUUUCUAUCCUUGGGAAAUUGAAGAAAGUCUCUAUUGUUUGGUACGCCAAUAUGGCUGCUUUGUCACGUGAGAAAAAAAGCUCUAUAUCAUCUAAAGUGAUUUAUGGAUUUCGAAAUUGAAUAGGUAACUUUUCAACAAUAACUGAAGAGGAAAGCUUGCAAAAGAGUGAGAAGUCAAGCUGUUUUAAUCUAUGUAAUCAGAGUAAUAAACAUAAUAAUAUUA